AUGUGCCUUUUCUGUCUUACCGGCUAUUUCUGCGAAUUCGUUCUUGAAAUAGCGAAUUUUCGCAAAUUUUUCAUCGCCAAAGCCGAUGAUCGAGUACGUCUGCGGCGACGAGAUUCUUCAAAGAACGAUGCAGUUGAAGCCGGCUUCGAACCGUCCACUGCCGUCCCUCGUUGCCAUUCGACCCACUCGCUUGCUUAUGCAAAUUCACAAUUUCAGGCGAGUGAUUUGAAUUUGUCCCAUCCCCAUAGCAGACGUGCUGGUCGAGAAUACGACAUCCCGCCAACAGCGGUUGUAGGACCUCGUCAAUGUAUUCGUGCAACUCAUGUGACGUCUGAAGAUCGUGGAAGGCAUCAUCAUUCACAAAACGAUAUUGAACACUACAGGCGAAGCCUGCAACAACUCAACGGCGAGUCUAGACAUCCACUUGCUUUUUUCCUUUCUUUUUUCUCUGUUUUUCAAACGAAUCGGCUGUGGCAGUGCCUUAUCUGA